AUGCAAGACAUCCAGCUGGACGAGGCCUCCUACGUGGAGCUGCUGCGCAAGCUCAUCGGCGUCUCCGAGAAGGUGCAGAACGCCCCCAGCCUGGGGCUCGUCCCGCAGGAGAACCUCGUGUCCGACAUCGUGCUGGCCGAGCUGCAGCCCUACACUGCGGAGAACGGCGGCUGCCUGACGAUCGAGCGCGUGGAGUUCGUGGCCGGCCGCGGCAACGUCAUCAUCACGUACCAGCACCCGGACUUCGCCCACAGCGACAAGACCGUCGCGUACGUGGGCUCCCACAUGGACGUGGUGCCGGCCAACCCCGAGGGCUGGCAGCGCGACCCCUUCACUUUGACGGUGGAGGGCGACAAACUCUACGGCCGCGGCACGACGGACUGUCUGGGCCACGUGGCGCUGAUGACGGAGCUGUUCAAGGAGCUGGCCAAGCGCAAGGUCCGUCUCGAGACCAAGGUCGUGUGCGUGCUGAUUGCGUCGGAGGAGAACACGGAGAUCCCUGGGGUGGGCGUGGAGACGCUCAUGGAGUCGGGCAAGAUCGACUUCAUCAAGAACGGCCCCGUCAUCUGGGUGGACUGCUCCGACAGCCAGCCGUGCAUUGGCACGGCUGGUGUGAUCACGUGGACGCUGAAGGCGACGGGCAAGCUGUUCCACAGCGGUCUGCCGAACCUUGGCAUUAACGGCAUUGAGCUGGGAAUGGACGCGGUGGCCAAGCUCCAGGAGCGAUUUUACGAGGACUUCGGCCCGCUGCCGCAGGAGAAGGAGUACAACUUCUUGUGUCCGUCGACGAUGAAACCCAUGAAGGUUGAGUCGUCUACGAACGGGCUCAAUCAGAUCCCGCCGUGGGUGAAGAUCACUGGUGAAGUGCGUCUGUCGCCGUUCUACGACAUGAAAGACAUGUUUGCCAAGCUGAACUCGUACGUUGACGACCUCAACGCCAGCAUUACGUCGUUGGAAGGCAAGCGCGGACCUGUGUCGAAGUACACUCUCCCAGAUGAGAAUUGGAGCGGUAAACUGGAGCUCUCAUUCAGGGAGCACUACCUUGAGGGCAUCGCAUGCUCACUUGAUUCCGUCGGCUACAAGUCACUUUACACCGCCAUUGCCGACGUACUGGGCGAGACCAAGCCUCUGCCGCUUGUCCGCGACCUGCAGCGCGCCGGCUUGGACCUAACACUCACCGGUUUCGGCAAGAGCUCUGUGUACCACGGCGACAACGAAUACUGCCUGCUGAGCGACAUGAAGGACGGCAUUAGAAUCCUCGCGCGGACUGUCGCCAACGUCGAGAAGUCUGCCACAUCCGCUUAA